GACGUUCAGUUCCGCCGUGCUGAAGGUGCGCUCCGGCUGCGUUGCGCGUGAGCACCGGCGUUCAUUAUUUCAGCGCGUGACCACACACACACACACAGCACCAUCAUGAUGAUAACACGCGUGCGGUCCGCGGUCUCCAGCAUCAUCGGCGGCAUCAUGGCUUCGGGUUCCAGCGCGCACGAGACGCAUCCCGAUCUACCGCUCCGGUUCCCGUACAGCAGGCCGGAUUUCCUCGCGCUGUCACCGGACGAGGUGGAGUGCUCGGCGGAUCACAUCUCCAGACCCAUCCUCAUCCUCAAGGAGAUGAAGCUGCCCUGGGCCACCGGAUACGCGGAGGUGAUCAAUGCCGGUAAGAGUGACCAGAAUGAGGACCAGGCGUGCUGUGAGGUGGUGGAGCUGCGGAAGAGACCCACUGACCCGUCCAGCCCCAGCUACACACCCAGCAGGAGACGCUCCUCGCUGCCCAGCGCUGACCUGCUGGAGUCCAUCGACAGCUCGGAGGUGAAGGAGCAGAACUUCCACUACUGGGCUCUGUUUGAUGGUCACGGUGGCUCCGGAGCCGCGCUGUUCGCAGCCAAGUUCCUCCACCUCCACAUCGAGGAGCAGCUGCAGGAGGUGCUGGAGAUCCUGCAGAACCCGGCCCUGACACCACCCACCUGCCUCGGUGAGGAGAACCCCGUCCAUCAGCUCCACCCGUCUGCUGGAUGCUCCCAGAGAGGCCUGUCGAGGGCGGCGUCGCUCCGAGGGGCCGCCGGGGCCCCGGGGUCCCCUAACACUAUGGCCCCGCGGUUCUUCAUGGAGAAGAAGAUCAAACAAGAGAGUCUGGUGGUGGGAGCCAUAGAGAACGCCUUCAAGGAGAUGGACGCUCAUAUCGCUCGAGAGAGGAUGAUUUACUCUAUAUCUGGAGGAUGCACCGCUCUAGCCGUGGUGUAUUUACUUGGAAAACUGUACGUGGCCAAUGCUGGAGACAGCAGGGCUCUGAUCGUCCGUGGAGGAGAGAUCAUUCCCGUGUCCAGCUCCUUCACUCCUGAAUCGGAGCGUCAGAGACUUCAGUUCCUGGCUCACCUGCAGCCGUCGCUGCUGGGAAACGAGUUCACACACCUGGAGUUUCCCAGAAGGGUCACGAAAAAAGAGCUUGGGAAGAGGAUGCUGUACCGAGACUUCACCAUGAACGGAUGGGUUUAUAAAACAGUUCAGGAGGAAGAUCUGAAGUUUCCACUCAUAUACGGAGAAGGAAAAAAGGCUCGUGUUUUGGCCACCAUCGGCAUCACUCGGGGACUCGGAGAUCACGACCUGAAGGUUCACGACUCGGACAUCGCCAUCAAACCAUUCCUCUCCUGCUCUCCAGAGGUGAAGAUCUAUAACCUCUCUCAGUACGAGCACGGCGCCGAUGAUGUCAUGAUCCUGGCUACAGAUGGACUCUGGGAUGUGCUGUCCAAUCAGGAAGUGGCCGAGGCGGUAUCUGGUUUUCUUGGAAACUGUGACCCUGAUGACCAGCACAGGUACACAAUGGCAGCUCAAGACCUGGUGAUGAAGGCUAGAGGUGUCCUGAGGGACCGAGGCUGGAGAAUCGCUGGAGACCGGCUCGGCUCUGGAGAUGACAUAUCAGUCUUCAUAAUUCCCCUAAUGCACGGCAAUAAACAGCCUCCGCCAAGCUGACCAAUCAGAAUGCAGGGCGCCAACCGAGUCGGAACAAAUCCGUCUCUGAUCCAAAAUUCUGAUGCUCAGACCGCGUCCUGCUGGAGUUUGUGGAACCCGCUGUGCGUUUGAACUCAUUUACAAUACGAACACUUGCUUUUAAGACUUAGAAGUCGACAACUGCUGACUUUGAAGACCCACGUCAGCGUUCCCUACCUCCGCGUGGGAUCAGUAUAUAAGUUAUAACUUUGCACAAUGACUAAAGGUGGGUCCGGUUCUUUGAAGUUCUCCAUGGACAGAUGCGCACCAUCCGCAGUUUGUUUAUCCGCACUCAUCUGGCAGCUAGGCGGAACCAACCGCGUUUUGUUUUUCUUCUCAGGAUAUUAAUUUAUCCUCUGAAUGUUUAGUUUGCGGUUUUCUUUUUUUUGCAUUCCCUGAAAAAAAUUAAAUAAAUCAAAGCCAUUCUGGCUGUUAUUUGUACAUCAUGUUUUCCAAUGACUCCAAGUUACUGUAAACGAAAAUGUUUUUUUUUCUCCUGCGCUCUGUAAAUUUGCGAUAGGUACGAUCUGAUCUUCCAUUAAUCACGGCAAGGUCUUUAGGAUGAUACAUUUUUAAGGAACAAUAAAUCAUGUGUCCGACAAAGAAGUCUUAUGUACGCCGGCCAUUCCCUUUGAUUUCUAUAUACACUGUUGUGAAUUAACACCUACCUGCAAUCUGUUCUCCAGGACUCCUGUGUGGAGGUUUGGUGAGGUCUGAUUUACGAUACAUCAUGUUCACAGUGGCACCUUCCUCUUCUACAGCACAAACCUGCUGUGAGCAUUUCGUACACACACACACACACACACACACACACACACACACUCCCCAAGAGAGUGGCCAUCUGGUCAGCACAAUCUGAGUGUGACCAAAACAAGACUAAUUUGGCCAGAGAUUCUCUCUCUCACUGUGUGUGUGUGUGGACUGCUCUCUAACACACUUUAGCACAGUGGUUUGUGUGGGUGGAUGGCACUGCAAGGGCAUCACAUGCUUACUAAAGGAGCUUUCUGGGAAUUGCACACACAUGCACUGCAAAAAAUGAUUCAUAAACUGCUUAUGUGGCUCCAUUAAUGCUGGCCCUCAGAUUUUAAUAAAAAAAAAAACUCAUUGAAGAUAUUUCACUACAAUCUUUCUGAUUGAAUAAUAAACACGUUUUCCCAAAUUAUGUACUCUCCAUGUAAAAAAAAAAGAUAUAGAGAAUAAAGAUAUAAUUCACACCAAA